CUCCUUUGCUAUCCUGUUGCUGGCUUGCACAGCUGGAUGGAGAAUCUGCCUGGGGUUUGUAUUCCAGAGUUAACAUGCUUCUGUGGAACAAAAUAGACAUCAGAAGCAGCUGGUACGUGAAUAUGGCAUCCUUUGCUGUCAUACAGCACGCCUCUGCUGGAACAUUUAAUUCCAUGGGAGGAAAUAGCGUCUCUCUCUCCAAAAGUAUCCGUUUUGGAGUUGGAGCUUCCUUUUCUUUAGCGGCAAUGCAGGGUGUCUGAUACAGAGUUGAAAAGGAGACUGUAAAUGCUUCUUUGUAGCUUUUGCUAGCUCCUGAGGGCAGUAUCAAGAUGACUGACAAUUUGUGAUUCCACACUCUUCCUGAGAAGAGAAACAACAGAGUAUUAACAAUGUUGGGUUUUUAUGCCGCAGUGAAAGUUACGGGUCUGCUGUUAAGAGUGAGAGCAAGGGGAGCUAAUCUGUGCUUUGCCUUUUAAGGAGGAAGCCCAUGUGGGCUCUGUUUCAUUUUACCUGUGGCUUUCAUAUGUGAAGGUUUUCAGGCAUUACCUCUGUAUUGCUUUAAUACUCCUCUUUACAGUCACAUGGAUCAUCUCUUUAGCUCUCCUGGCAUUCAAGGGCUGUGUUUAAUUCUGUUCUACGUAGAGAGGUAUGUACCUGGCUGAAGGCUCUCUGUUUUAAAGCUACGAAUAGAAACUCUUUCCAAAUGCUGUUCACCAUAUUGUCUUUUUUGCCUAAGUAUAUUUUAGUUGUGAACUGCCAAAAAUAGGUAAGGGAGGGGUGGGAGUGGGAAAAAGGAUGGGGGCGUGGAACACAAGCUGGGAAUUUCCGAGCAACUGACAUAUGAACUUGUUCUGAUCACCAGUGAGUUACAAUCUCUUCUCCUAGAGUUUGCAGCUAUCAGAAUUUAGCUGGGACAAUAGUAUUAUGGGAGCUGUAAGAUUUUACUCCCGUUUUUCUACUGUUUGGUUGUUGCUGCUGGCAGUCAGUAUUAGCCACUGCUUGGGAUUGAAAUGCAAAGAACAUCAAUAUCCUUUUCGUGACAAAUGCUGCAAGGAGUGUGCCCCUGGUGAAGAAAUGAGCUACCGCUGCACUUCAACAACAGACACAGUCUGUGUCCCCUGUAAAGAUGAAUACUUCAGUAGUAAGCACAAUCUCGAGUUCUGCCAUGUUUGUACAGUCUGCAACACUAGAAAGGGGAGUGUGGAAGUGAAGAAGUGUGAGAAGACCUCUGACAGAAUUUGUAAGUGUGUGGCAGGUUAUAUGCCAGAUGCCAGAAGCAAACUGAGACAUGAAUGCUUACCAUGUCCUGAAGGGUCUUAUUCCAUAGGGGGUUAUGAGAAGUGUCAACCUUGGACCAACUGCAGCCUUCUUGGGAAAAGGACUCUUCGACCAGGGACGAAAACAGAUGAUGCUGUUUGCAGCAGCCAGAUCCCACAGGCAACUGCCUCUCAGAGUACAACACCUGCUUUGAACCUUUCCACCACACACCACAAGAAUAAUACAUCAACUGCAGCGUUCUCACCAUCCAGACCCAGCCUGAUUCCUUCCAUUUGUUUGGAUACAAACAGCCCCAUGGCGACUAACUGGGGGUCUGUAUCACUUAUCUUUAUUUGUCUGAUAUUGCUCAUGGUGAGUGGAAUGUCCAUCCUCCUGUUGAUUAUCCAAGCAGCCAAAAAGGAGACCAAGAGGAGGCCCCAUAGAAACAACCAUAAUGAAGAAAACAGCUGCCGACUUCCUAUCCAGGAAGAACAAAUUGACUUCAAUUCUAGUCUCAUCAAAAACUGACUCCACGUUCUGUUACCGUUUCCUGUGUUUCUGAGCUAAUGGAUUGUAGUAACACAUGAUGUGUCAGUGUUCUGUGGCUGGAUGUGGAGGGGAUGUCCUGUUUAGUUGUACUUUAGUUCCUCUGGGGCUCGUUGAGUGCCCGUUUGGUGUUAGGAGCCAUGGGAGUAGCUGUUCUUGGUGGAAUGAUGUGAUUCUUUCUCUUGAGCAGAUCCUGUGCACAGCAUCCCUGUUGCCAGGACUGAGUGGCUAUAGUCCUCUGUGCGUUUCUAGCCAGUUCUGUAUAUAAGGAUAGGGAAUUGUCUUGGAAUUGAAUAAAGUAUUGAGGAAGCUGUAAGAGCUGAUCCUUGAGCAGACACAAAACAGGGAAAGCCAAAGACCUGCCUUAUAACUGAACUUGUAUCUUGUCUUACAGCUCUGAGAUGCUUAAGCAGAGCCUUCCUCUCUUUUCUCAGUACAGGUAUCUGCAGUGUUUCAGUUUGGUUCCCAAAUGAACUUUCCUUACAUUAGGUGAAGAAUCUCCCCUGAUGAACCUAGCCAGCUUCCUUUUUGCUUCCAUUUCUUCAGGUUAUUUCUUCUUGGUCUAGUGGAGUAGCACCACAAUCCUGGUGCUAGCUGUUGAGUGACUAUCGAGAGAUGGCUGCUCAAUGCCACUUCUUUCUUCCCUGCAUUUCUUCAAACACCCACUGAGAAAAUGUCAUGUUAACAUAUUGAGCAGCAUCCCUGCUGUCCUCCCAACAAAUGGAAUUACUCAUGAUCACCAAGUAUAUCCAGAUCUCCAAGUGUUUGGAAAUCUCCAUGGAAAUCUUCAUGUGUGUAUAAAGUAGAAUAUGUGGAUCGCCAGAAGGCAAAGGGAAUGGUAAUUUUUGAUGAGAACAUUAGUAGUGGAAACUUGUUCAAAAUAGGAGGAAAGGCAGAGUACUCAUUGAAUACAGGUAUUUUAUAUACACGGGACCAAAGCAUAUGCCAAAAUAUGCAGCAGAAAAUGUAUUCAAGAAUACAACUGGUGUCUACAAACAUGUUGUUAAACAUAUGUAUUCUUAUAUGUUAUACAUAUGGUAUACUUAGCAAUGAUUUCCUAUUUUGAAGUGCAUAUACAAUGUAUAUAAACAUUUGUAUUAUAUACAAAGUGUGAUAGUGACUUCUUGAAAUAAAUGGUAGUACCAGCUAGAA